AGCCCAGAGAUGCUGGAACUGACCAACGUAGCUCAGGCAUCAUUCGCCUUCACACAAUAAAACAGAUAAUUGACAGAGACAAACACGCCCUCUUGGACGUCACCCCAAAUGCUGUGGACCGCCUAAAUUACGCCCAGUGGUAUCCCAUUGUGGUGUUCUUGAACCCGGACUCCAAGCAGGGGGUAAAGACCAUGAGGACGAGGCUCUGUCCCGAAUCCCGGAAAAGUGCCAGGAAAUUGUACGAGAGGGCUCACAAGUUACGCAAAAACAACCAUCACCUCUUUACGGCUACCAUUAACUUGAAUUCCAUGAACGACGGAUGGUAUGGAGCACUCAAGGAAGCGAUCCAGCAACAACAAAAUCAGCUGGUUUGGGUGUCGGAAGGAAAGGCCGAUGGCACUACAAGUGAUGACCUUGAUCUACAUGAUGACCGGCUGUCCUACCUGUCGGCUCCAGGUAGCGAGUACUCCAUGUACAGCACCGACAGCCGGCACACCUCCGACUACGAGGACACGGACACGGAAGGUGGAGCCUACACCGACCAAGAGCUGGACGAGACGCUCAACGAUGAGGUUGGGACCCCCCCAGAAUCCGCCAUUACGCGCUCCUCCGAACCCGUAAGAGAAGAAGCAUCCGGGGUCCAUCCAGAGAACCAAAACUACCCUCCGUAUGGGUCCCAAGGCCAGCCACAGCCAAAUCCCAGGAUAGAAUCUCCGGGUUUUAAAAACUGUACUGCUCAACCGAAAGCAGAGGUUUCUUCACCCCCCUACCUUUCCCCGUCGCCAGAAACGGGGGGCCCGGCCUCUUCGACGUCUGCCGGUAACCCCUGUGUAAGCCUCCCCAGGCUGGAGGAACCUGGGGCGGCCCCCUACAACUCGUACCAGCCACAAGCGGGGCCCCUAAGGAUGGCCGGCCCCGAGGCGCCCCACAUAGUCCUCAGAGACCAGGACCUGCCUUCCUUACCACCGCACGUAGAUUCAACUAAGAUGUACCGGAAGGAGCCCUUUGUACACGAAGAUCUCCCUCAUCAAAACUUUGCCUUGAAGCAGCCAGGACAGAGACAAGAGAAAGACCCUAAUCUGACCUAUGAACUACAGGGUCCGUAUCCGGAGAAACCAGCCAACCGGGAUUACGAGCCCUUGGCGUACCGCUACGACUCCUCCAACUACGUGGACCCGUUCCCUCACAGCUAUGACCCCCGCCUGCCCUACGAGGAGCACGUGCCCCCUUACGAAGACCACUGGAUGUAUUACGAGGAGAAGCAGCCCUACCAGCCUCGGCCCCCCUACGAGAGCCAGCCGCCCCGGGAUUUUGACCCUCGGGCCAACACGGAAGAGAGCGCAGCGCGCAGCGGCUACUUCGGGGCACAGCCUCGCUUCGAAGAACCAGCGCCCGUGGCCUACGACAACCGGCCCCGCUACGAGCCGGCCCCGAAAGCCUUCAACCUCUCCCAGCUGAGGUACGAGGAGCCCCCUCCCCCUGGCUACGAAGUCCACGGGAGGUACAAGUCGGAGCCCCAGCCAUAUUCUGCCACGGUGCCCCGGUCGCCCGAGCCGAAGCAUUACUACGAGUCGCAACCGCGAGGCUACGAGCAAGCGCCUCCACCGGGUUUCGGCACCAAAGCAGCUCCCUACGAGGCGGCCCUCGGCACCGGGGGCCCGCCCCUCCCUCCCCAGAGCAAGCCCGAAGCGCUGCCUUGCAACAGCAAAGCACUGCCCACCCCGCCCGCCAAGGAGGAGGAGGACGACCCGGCCAUGAAGCCCCAGUCGGUGCUCACCCGGGUGAAGAUGUUUGAGAACAAGCGCUCCUCGUCGCUGGAAAAGAUCAAGGACUCGAACGAUCUCUCCGCGGUGAAGCAUCCUCCGGAACUUGCGCCUAAGCCAAAUGUGGCGCCGCUGACCGGCCCCAAAACAGCCUCUCAAAACCCGAGCGACAAAUCAGCUUACAGAGCCCCUGAACCGCAGAGACCUCAAGCCAAGCCUCCCGAGGACAUCGUCCGAGCCAACCAUUACGACCCGGAAGAAGAUGAGGAAUAUUACCGCAAGCAGCUCUCCUAUUUCGACCGCCGGAGCUACGACAGCAAGCCUGCCGCCCAAGUCCCCAGCAGCCAUCAUGCAGAGCCUGGAAAAGCUGUUCACAAUCAGUUGAACUACACCAAUUACUCUUCCAAGGGGAAACCAGUAGACGCGGAGCCCCUGGAGAGGGGCCUUGGGGACAAGCGCUACGAGCCCCCUCCUCAAGUAACUCUCCCGGUGCCCUCCGUCCAGUACACCCAACCUCAGUCCAUCAAUAACCCCAUCGUGUCUCUUCAACCCAAGUCGGUCUUGGCUGAAGACUUCCAGAAUUCCCCGCUCUCCAAACCGGAGCUGCCACCGCCCCUGCCUCAGAACAAACCAGCAGCUUUCAGAUCUUCCAGCCGAGAAGACACGGUGCAGGCUACUUACUACCCUCAGAAGAGCUUCCCUGACAAAGGACCCAUCAACGGGGUCGAGCAGCUCGCCAAAACCACCACCCCCGCCUACAACCGCUUCGCCACCUCCUCCAAGCCCUACACCAGCGCGGCGCGGCCCUUCGAGCGCAAGUUUGAGAGCCCCAAGUUCAACCACAACCUCUUGCCGGAGGAGACCCUCCCGAAGCCCUCCGAGAUACCCUCAGCCAAGCCUCAGCAUUCUCCCCAGCCUCUUCUGAAAGCACACGGCUCUUCUCAGCCCGAGUUCGAGAGCAACCUGGAGAGCUUCUCCGGCCAAGGGGACAAACUCAAGUACCAACCAAAUAACAUCAGCGCCGUGCCGAAGGCCAUCCCCGUCAGUCCUUCUGCUUUGGAAGAUGACGAGGAAGAGGAAGGCCACACGGUCAUCGCCACCGCGAGGGGUGUUUUUAACAGCAACGGGGGCGUCCUCAGCUCCAUCGAGACGGGCGUCAGCAUCAUUAUCCCGCAAGGAGCCAUCCCAGAGGGAAUCGAGCAGGAGAUCUAUUUUAAAGUCUGCCGGGAUAACAGCAUCCUUCCGCCUCUAGACAAAGAGAAAGGCGAGACGCUCCUGAGCCCGCUGGUCAUGUGUGGGCCGCAUGGACUCAAAUUCCAGAAGCCCGUCGAGCUGCGUUUGCCACAUUGUGCGUCUAUGACCCCUGAUGGUUGGUCUUUUGCCCUAAAAUCCUCCGACUCCUCGUCGGGUAUGCUGUCCUCCCUCUGUCCUUUGGGGGCUUAUGGGUGCUAUCGAAUAAUUUAAGCUCACCUGUCCCAGGUGGGGGGGGGGUGUCCACCCCACCCACCCCCACCAUGGAAAUCUUGAGAUGGGACUAUAUCUCUUCGGUCUUUUUGUCUCCGCUCUCCAUUUCAUGUGUCAUUGCCAGCGUCUUCCUCACCCUUCCUCAAAACAAAAACCAAAAUCAAACCAUUUGCAACCAAAUCGUGAUGAGUCCGAUCAAAACCCGACACGGUAGAUAAUCCGGGACGUUUCCACAGUCCGGUUGAAUGCCGCAAUUAUCUAUCCGCUGUCUCUGCCUUGUGCCAUUUCCUCCUUUCCCCUCCUUCUCUCUCUUUCUCUCUCCCCCUUUCUGGCGAGACGGGCACAGCUGCCAAGGGGCCCUUCCAGACGAGCAG